GAGUUUGCACAAUUUAGUUUGAAAAGCCGGCUGCUUGAGAGCGGGUCCUGAGCGAAUUAGUCGUGCUAAGCCGGCGCGUGGAGGCUUUGUAUUGUGGUGCGGGACUCGCCGGGAUUGCUGAGGCCUAAAGGGCCGAACCCAGGCCAUGGGGCCGGGACCGAUCAUUUAUUUAUUGGCAUCGUUGGCUUUGGUACUAGCUAGCGAGCAAGCUGCAAGUGAAACUAAUACGAACAGUACGAAAACGUCGGCAUCAGUCGGGCGGAAUGGCCGGCAAUACUACGGCCCCGUCGACCAGGGCCACAACGAGGUAGUCGUCGACAUCGAGGACGACGAGAAGACGCAGUACUAUGAAACCAAUUAUGAUACUAGCGCAUACGGUUUCGGUUACGACGUGGGCCCGAACGGGCAGUUCCACCACGAGAACCGCGGCCCCGACGGCGUCACGUACGGCUGCUACGGUUAUGUGGACCCGGAUGGCGUGCUGCGCGCCACGCACUACGUCGCCGACAGCCAUGGCUACCGCGUCAUAGAACCCGAGAAACCCGUCGAGGUGUUCCCGGACGAGAAACACGAGUAUGACGAAAACUCCGUGGACAACAAACCGAUCAAAGGCCAGAUAAUACCGUACGACAAGUUGUACUUCCCGAAGGGAUGCGGCCGCACACCCGGCGGUGUUCCGGCCAAGCCGAUAACGGUGCCCCCCCGCCCUCCGAAGCCACCCACCGACAGCACUGGUGGGGCCAGCCACCCUAUACCCUCUAGACCCGGUGGUUCAGGCGGAUACUAUCCGGGUCAACCGGGCGCUCCCGGCGCCCCUGGCGCUCCAGGCGCUCCAGGCACUCCUGGUGGACCAGGAGGUCCAGGAGGCCCGGGUGGACCUGGUGGCCCUAACGGCCCUAAUGGCCCAGGAGGCCCGGGUGGCCCUAACGGCCCUAAUGGCCCAGGAGGCCCGGGUGGUCCUAAUGGCCCCAACGGACCAGGUGGAAGCGGAUACUACCCCGGACAACCCGGACAACCAGGUCAACCAGGCACCCCCGGCACACCAGGAUCACCGGGCGCCCCAGGAGGACCGGGCGGACCAGGCGGUCCAGGAGGCCCAGGUGGCCCUAAUGGACCGGGCGGUAGCGGAUACUACCCGGGACAACCCGGACAACCAGGCACCCCUGGCACACCGGGAUCACCGGGCACCCCAGGAGGACCGGGAGGACCAGGCGGACCAGGUGGACCGGGAGGCCCAGGUGGCCCUAAUGGGCCGGGCGGAAGCGGAUACUACCCCGGACAACCCGGACAACCAGGCACCCCCGGCACACCAGGAUCACCGGGCACCCCAGGAGGACCAGGCGGACCAGGCGGACCAGGUGGUCCAGGAGGCCCAAGUGGCCCUAAUGGACCAAGCGGAAGCGGAUACCACCCGGGACAACCCGGACAACCAGGCACCCCCGGCACACCUGGAUCACCGGGCACCCCAGGAGGACCGGGUGGACCAGGCGGACCAGGAGGCCCAGGAGGCCCAGGUGGCCCUAAUGGACCGGGAGGAAGCGGACACUACCCGGGACAACCCGGACAACCAGGCACCCCUGGUACACCAGGAUCUCCGGGCACCCCGGGAGGACCAGGCGGACCGGGGGGACCAGGAGGCCCAGGUGGCCCUAAUGGACCGGGUGGAAGCGGAUACUACCCGGGACAACCCGGGCAACCAGGCACCCCUGGCACACCAGGAUCACCGGGCACCCCAGGAGGACCAGGCGGACCAGGUGGACCGGGAGGCCAAGGUGGCCCUAAUGGUCCGGGCGGAAGCGGAUACUACCCGGGACAACCCGGGCAACCAGGCACCCCUGGCACACCAGGAUCACCGGGCACCCCGGGAGGACCAGGCGGACCAGGCGGACCAGGCGGUCCUUCUGGCCCAGGCGGACCGAGCCGUCCCCCGGGUUCCCCCGGACAACCUGGUGCACCGGGUAGCCCAGGAUCACCAGGCACACCGGGAGGCCCAGGAGGCCCAGGCGGACCAGGAUACCCAGGACAACCUGGACAGCCAGGAUACCCAGGUCAGCCCGGACAACCAGGACAGCCCGGACAACCAGGAUACCCAGGACAAUCUGGACAGCCAGGAUACCCAGGACAACCUGGACAGCCAGGAUACCCAGGACAACCUGGACAGCCAGGAUACCCAGGCCAACCUGGACAGCCAGGAUACCCAGGACAACCUGGACAGCCAGGAUACCCAGGACAACCUGGACAGCCAGGAUACCCAGGACAACCUGGACAGCCUGGAUACCCAGGUCAACCUGGCGAACCCAGUAAACCUGGACACCCGGACAACCAGGAUACCCAGGACAACCUGGACAGCCAGGAUACCCAGGACAACCUGAACAGCCAGGAUACCCAGGACAACCUGGACAGCCAGGAUACCCAGGACAACCUGGACAGCCAGGAUACCCAGGACAACCUGGCCAACCCGGAAAACCAGGCAAACCAGGAUACCCAGGACAGCCCGGACAACCAGGAUACCCAGGUCAGCCCGGACAACCAGAAUACCCAGGACAGCCCGGACAACCAGGCCAAACCGGAGGCUCAGGACAGCCAGGACAGCCUGGACAGCCUGGAUACCCAGGUCAACCCGGCCAACCAGGAUACCCAGGACAAUCUGGACAACCAGGCCAAACCGGAGGCCCAGGACAGCCUGGUCAACCAGGAUACCCAGGACAACCCGGACAGCCAGGAUACCCAGGACAACCAGGGCAGCAAGGCCAACCUGGGUACCCAGGACAACCUGGUCAACCAGGAUACCCAGGACAACCUGGACAGCCGGGAUACCCAGGUCAACCCGGCCAACCAGGAUACCCAGGACAACCCGGUCAAUCAGGAUACCCAGGACAACCAGGACAGCCAGGGCAACCAGGACACCCAGGACAAUCAGGACAGCCGGGACAACCUGGAAAGCCGGGACAACCCGGCCACCCCGGACAACCCGGAGGACCCGGCCAGCCAGGUCAACCUGGAAAGCCCGGACAACCAGGACAACCUGGAACACCCGGACAGCCCGGAGGACCUGGCCAACCUGGACGCCCAGGGCAACCAGGACAGCCAGGAUACCCAGGACAACCCGGACAGCCCGGAAAACCUGGAACACCGGGGCAACCGGGACAGCCUGGAUACCCAGGACAACCUGGACAGCCCGGAAAACCUGGAACACCGGGGCAACCAGGACAGCCUGGAUACCCAGGACAACCUGGACAGCCCGCACACCCAGGACAACCUGGAACACCAGGUCAACCAGGUCAGCCAGGUAAACCUGGUACACCCGGUCAACCCGGACAGCCAGGACAACCCGGUUAUCCUGGACAACCAGGACAGACUGGACAACCAGGACAGCCCGGACACCCAGGACAACCCGGUCACCCUGGCCACCCAGGACAACCAGGAGGACCUGGUCAGCCUGGGCAACCUGGAUACCCUGGACAACCAGGACAGCCCGGAUACCCAGGACAACCAGGACAGCCCGGAUACCCAGGACAACCCGGAGGACCUGGACAGCCUGGUCAACCUGGCCACCCAGGACAACCAGGACAACCCGGAGGACCUGGGCAGCCUGAACAACCUGGAUACCCGGCGCAACCAGCACAGCCCGGGUACCCAGGACAACCAGGACAACCCGGAGGACCAGGACAGUCCGGAGAACCCGGUCAGCCAGGAAAACCAAGUCAACCAGGUCAGCCAGGUAAACCUGGUACACCCGGUCAACCAGGUAAACCUGGUACACCCGGUCAACCAGGUAAACCUGGUACACCCGGUCAACCAGGUAAACCUGGUACACCCGGUCAACCCGGACAGCCAGAACAACCCGGGUAUCCUGGACAACCAGGACAGACUGGACAACCAGGACAGCCCGGACUCCCAGGACAGCCCGGUCAGCCUGGCCACCCAGGGCAACCAGGAGGACCAGGUCAGCCUGGGCAACCUGGAUACCCUGGACAACCAGGACAGCCCGGAUACCCAGGACAACCCGGAGGACCUGGACAGCCUGGUCAACCUGGCCACCCAGGACAACCAGGACAACCUGGAUACCCGGGGCAACCAGAACAGCCCGGGUACCCAGGACAACCAGGACAACCCGGAGGACCUGGACAGCCCGGAGAACCCGGUCAACCAGGAAAACCAGGUCAACCAGGUCAGCCAGGUAAACCUGGUACACCCGGUCAACCCGGACAGCCAGGACAACCCGGGUAUCCUGGACAACCAGGACAGACUGGACAACCAGGACAGCCCGGGCACCCAGGACAACCCGGAGGACCUGGACAGCCUGGUCAACCUGGCCACCCAGGACAACCAGGACAACCCGGGUACCCAGGACAACCCGGGUACCCAGGACAACCCGGAGGACCUGGACAGCCCGGAGAACCCGGUCAACCAGGACAACCCGGAAAACCAGGUCAACCCGGUCAACCUGGAACCCCAGGACAACCAGGUCAUCCUGGCAAACCAGGACAGCCCGGACAUCCAGGUGGCUCCGAUCAAACCGGACACCAAGGACAACCUGGUCAGCCAGGAGGCCCUGGUCAACCAGGAUACCCUGGUCAACCAGGAUAUCCUGGUCAACCAGGAUACCCAGGACAACCAGGACACCCAGGUCAACCUGGACAACCAGGAAGCCCCGGUCAACCAGGAUACCCAGGACAACCUGGACAGCCAGGACACCCAGGUGAACCGGGACAGCCAGGAGGCCCCGGUCAACCAGGUUACCCAGGAAAACCUGGACAGCCCGGUCAACCCGGACAGCCAGGUCAACCCGGACAGCCAGGAUAUCCAGGUCAACCCGGACAGCCAGGAGGCCCCGGUCAACCAGGAUACCCAGGACAACCAGGACACCCAGGUCAACCAGGACAACCAGGAAGCCCCGCCAGGAGGCCCUGGUCAACCAGGACAACCUGGACAGCCAGGACACCCAGGUCAACCCGGACAGCCAGGAUAUCCAGGUCAACCCGGACAGCCAGGAGGCCCCGGUCAACCAGGAUACCCAGGACAACCUGGGCAACCUGGACAGCCAGGACAUCCGGGUCAGCCAGGACAACCAGGAAGCCCCGGUCAACCAGGACAGCCAGGUCAACCAGGAUACCCGGAUUCAGAUGGUCAACCUACCGGCACUGGGGUACAGCCUCCAUUACAGCCUCCACCGGGCGCCCAAAUGCCGCCAUUCCCGAUCUACGUCAUCCCAUACCCGCUACCCAUCGUCCCGAGCCCUGGACAGUGCCCGUGCUAUCUAGUUAACCCCGGCAAUGACUCUACUGCGGUCUCUCAACCUCAACCUCAACCUCAGCAACCUCAACAACCUAGCAACCAAGGCGGCUACUACGCUCCUUAUGGAAUAAUCGGUUUCGUACCCGUCGUAUUCGUACCAUACUGCCCAGGAAAUAACACUGAUAUGAGCUCCGCCCAGCAAAAUUUCCCUAACGCUGUACCCGUCCCGUACAACUGCGCACAAUGUCAGGCCAACCAAAACCUUUACCGAUACUUCGGCAGACUCGGGGGAUCGCGAAGUGCGACAGAAUUUAAGGAAAUCAAAUCCAUUGCGGAGCUAGAACACCUUAUUAAGAAGCAGAUAAAGCCGAUGAAGAAAAGCCUUCCGCGGAUAGCUGCUCAUCCGAAGAUUCUAGAAGAAUCGACGAAUUAAAAGUCAUAGAUAUGUUUUGACGACGCAAUAAGUGUUGGCUCUCCUCACUACAAUACGCUAUUAUGAUAAGUCGAACGAAAAAGAUGAAGUGAGACAAUUAAAUUUUGAGAUUGUCCGACAUUAGUUCUUGGACGCUCUCAAGAUUUAUAAAGAAUACCACAUGUUUAUUGCGAUAUUGUCAUAGAUUUAUUUAUUUAUUAUAUAAUUGUACAUCAUCCUCGAUUAUCGAGAAACGAGACACGCGCAUUUGUAUGUAAUAUUUACAAAAUAUAAUUUUCUCAUUAUAAAUUUAAUAUUUGUGUAAAAAUAUUUGAUUUAGUUAAAUGAAAUUGCGCUGCCAUUUAGAUUAAUCAUGUUUUAAGGAAAGAUUAAUAAAUGUCCUAUUAUUAUA